CGGCAGUCCGGUCGGUCGUCCUCUUUUCUGCGAACUUUUUUCGGCCUCUCUCUCUCUGUCUUGUGCGCUCGCUUGGUCAUGAACACGAGAAAUCCCAAGGCCAUUUAAGUCGAAGCAGCUAUCGCCUCCAUCUCAAGCCACGGUUUUAAGUAUUGCUCAGGUUAGCUGGAGCGGGCGGCGGUUUUGGGCGGGCAGGAGGCGGACUUUGGCCUAUCGAUUAAGCUCGCCAUCGAACCCGUGUUCUCGGGGCGGUGGAGGGGGCUUUAUUGGCUAUCUCGACUCCUGGAGGAUUUAAUGAGACAGGCUAUGGAAGGAUCAUUCUGCACGCGUUUUAUUGAUUAGGGGGUGUCAUAUAUAGGAUUAGGUGCUUCUUGGCUCUCAUAUAGAUUAAACUGUGUUUUCGAUGUCGUAUGUGUAGCCUUAACUUGGUAAUUUGCAGUUUUUUUAACCCUACAACAUAGCUAAUCCAAGAUGUUUGAUUGUGGUUACAAAGAACAGUCUAUGGAUGGGCACAAAGAGCGAUUUAUAAGGUUGGAAGAGUCGAGUCCAAGUUCUUAUUUUCCUUCUGAUACAAGAAAAAUGAAUAAGAGUAGUUUCCAUGUUGAGGGAUUUCAUCAUGGUCCAAGCAACCCGACUAAAUCAUUUAGAAGAGGAAUAAAAAGGGGAUCUGAAAGGCUCCAGUCAAUUAAGAAAACUCUUAGGUUUGGUAGCACCAAGGGAAUUUUUCCAGAAGAUCUUAAAGUUUCGGAGAAGAAAAUUUUUGAUCCUCAAGACGAAUUUCUUUUGACAAUGAACAGGCUUUUUGUAAUAUCAUGUAUUCUUGCUGUGUCUGUGGAUCCGUUAUUUUUUUAUCUCCCAGUAUACGACCAAGAUUCAAAUUGCCUCAAUAUAGAUCGAAAUCUUGCAUACAUAUCAACAACUAUGCGGACAUUCAUAGAUUCAUUCUAUCUUCUUCGCAUGGCUCUUCAGUUCCGUACUGCUUAUAUUGCUCCAUCAUCACGGGUAUUUGGUAGAGGUGAACUUGUGAUAGAUCCUGCACAGAUAGCUAAUCGUUACUUGCAGCGGCACUUCAUUGUUGAUUUCCUAGCUGUGUUGCCACUUCCACAGAUUGUUGUUUGGAGGUUUCUCCAAAGAUCUCAUGGUCAUGAUGUACAGAUUACAAAAAAUAUCUUGCUGUUCCUUAUAUUUCUUCAGUAUAUCCCGAGAUUCCUUAGGCUUUUUCCCUUAACAUCAGAACUAAAACGAACUGCUGGUGUUUUUGCUGAAACUGCUUGGGCUGGUGCUGUCUAUUACCUUCUGUGGUUUCUGCUUGCUAGCCAUAUAGCUGGUGCAUUUUGGUACUUUUUAGCAGUUGAACGUCAAGAUGAUUGCUGGCGGCUAGCUUGCUCAAAUUACAGUGGAUGCCUCAAGGAUUUCUUAUACUGCAGCAAUAAUCAUCCAGAAGGUUUUGAUCAUUGGUUUAAUGCCAGCGGCCAAGUUCUGAAUAACCAAUGCUCAGCAGAUGGAGAUAAUCCACCCUUUGAUUAUGGCAUCUUUGGACAGGCUUUAACAGCUGGAAUCGUUUCAUCUAGAAAGUUUGUCGCCAAAUUUUGUUAUUGUUUGUGGUUUGGUUUGCAAAACUUAAGCACCCUUGGACAAGGACUUAUUACAAGCACAUAUCCUGGAGAAGUUUUCUACUCCAUAGCACUUUCAAUACUCGGACUCAUUCUCUUUGCCCUCCUUAUUGGCAAUAUGCAGACCUAUCUUCAGUCAUUGACAAUUAGAGUGGAAGAGAUGAGGGUAAAAAGACGUGACUCAGAGCAGUGGAUGCAUCACCGCUUACUCCCACAGGAACUUAGGGAACGUGUAAGGCGAUACGAUCAGUACAAGUGGCAGGAGACACGAGGUGUGGAUGAAGAAAAUUUGGUCCAGAGCCUUCCUGCAGACCUAAGAAGAGAUAUCAAACGUCAUCUUUGUUUGGCUUUGGUUAGAAGGGUCCCUUUAUUCGCAAACAUGGAUGAGCGGUUGCUUGACGCCAUUUGCGAACGGCUGGUACCUAGUCUUUACACUGAGAGCACUUACAUUGUCAGGGAAGGAGACCCUGUGGAUGAAAUGCUGUUCAUUAUUCGUGGUCGCCUCGAGAGUGUGACCACUGAUGGUGGGAGGAGUGGCUUCUUCAAUAGAAGUAUCCUUAAAGAGGGAGAUUUCUGCGGCGAGGAACUGCUCACCUGGGCUCUAGAUCCAAAAGCUGGAGCAAACCUCCCUUCUUCCACCAGAACGGUGAAAACCUUGACUGAAGUAGAAGCUUUUGCAUUAAUGGCUGAUGAAUUGAAGUUUGUUGCCAGCCAGUUCCGGCGACUCCAUAGUCGACAAGUACAGCACACAUUUCGCUUCUAUUCACAGCAGUGGAGAACAUGGGCAGCUUGCUUCAUCCAAGCUGCAUGGAGACGGUAUUGCAAGAGAAAACAUGCCGAGCUGCGGCGAAGAGAAGAAGAGGCAGAGCUCAUUGAUCAGUCAGGUUCCUCUCCAAGCCUUGUUGCAACGAUAUAUGCCUCUAAGUUUGCAGCUAAUGCCCUUAGAGGAGUUCAUAAGUUCAGGAAUCAGAGUGGCAGUAAGUUGGUUAAACUGCCUAAGCCUCCAGAGCCAGAUUUCUCCGUCGAUGAAGCAGAUUGAUUGAGCUGGAGAGGUGGCAAUUGGCUUCUUUUUUUAUUUAGAAAGGAUUUGUGUAAGAUAUGGUGUGAAUUUGUAGUGCUUUAUUUCAUAGUAACUGCUUUUAGUUAUUUCAUGAAACGGAUCAUUCAGAGGGAAAACUGUAACUUUGAAAAAUUACUUUUUGAUUGAUUAUAAGUGUGAACAGAUUUCUGUAAUAGGAAUUCUGUGGUGCUGUAUUUUAUCUAUUUAUUUGACUAUUGUUUAUUUUCUA